GUCAAAACCAAAACCCCCGCUCCACUUUUCUCUCACACUCACACUCUGUUUUUCCUGUGUCUUCUUCACCUCAAUUUUCUCCGAUCGAUUGAUUCCUUCUUCAAUUCGUAGGGUUUUUGUUUUCGAGAUGUCGAAUGAUGUGGCGUUUACAGACGAAGAAAUGGCGGUGAGCGAAAGCCAUGGCUACCCGAGGGCCUACGCGAAGCUAUGUCGAGACAAGGGUUUCGGGCCCUUCAGCCAUGGCCCGCCUUUCGCUUUCACUCCUUAUGCUUUGGUGCCGCAAGAGGAUUCAAGAGCAAAGGAAUUAGACGAUAUGUUUCCGAUAAUUGACUCGAGGGCAAAACCCACAACCAAGCCCAAGAUCUUUCUGAAUCUCCUAUGGAAACAGCUCAAUCAUCUGGGGAAUGCGGGUUUCGAUCCGGAAAUAAUUCGUGUGGAUCCGUAUGGCAAUGUUCUGUACUAUCAUGCUGACGCUGCUUCUCCUCUUGCAUGGGACAUUGAUCAUUGGUUUCCUUGCUCAAGAGGAGGAUUGACUGUUCUAAGCAACCUGAGAAUAUUGCAAUGGCAAGUCUGCAAAAGAAAGCAUAACAAGCUAGAGUUUCUCAUACCUUGGUGGGAUUUACAACUCGGCAUAUCCAUCAACCAGUUCUUGUCCAUUUUCGCUUCGUCCAAUUCCGACUUCAGGCGAAGGGCGUUUUCGUGGUUAUUUUCCGAUGGUGAAAGUGAAGAACUGAAUAAUUCGCAGACCGUAGACUCGCAUGUUUUCCCCCAACAUUUCUUGGAAUCGAAAAGUAAAUUGGGCUUAGCUCCUGCUGCUGUUGUUGUGUCUCGACGAGAAUCAUUCGAUGCCCCGUUGAUAUCGUUGGAUUUCAACCGACGGCCUAAAUCGAGCACCCCCAUUAUAGCUGCGAAGAAAGUGAAGCAAUUUUCGAACGAGAACGAAAACGCAAUGAUGGUGACGAACCCAUAUCAAGCAAUUGCCAUGGCGAGAGAUUCAUUAAAACAGAGAGAAGAAACAGCAAAAAUGAAUGCAGAAAUACAGAGAUUAGACAAUGAAGCACGUGAUUUGCAUUUGCCAGAAAUGAAGUCUAAUCAUGCUGCCCCUUUGCACAAGGAACUGAGAAGGUUCUUGGAGGAGGAGCAGAUAGCUUCUUCAGCAGAACUUGGAGGAGACGAAAAAACGACUCGAAACAAAGACGCGGUUGUCAGAGAGGAUAACAAGUACGUCGUUGAAGAAAGGCUAGAGAAUUUGGAGAUUGAAGACGGGGGGAGAAUAUUCAACAUCCAAUUCCCGUUUCCUCAUGAAUCAGACGAAGAGAAAGACGACGAAGAGAGCAGAAAGAUACGUGGGAAAGGGAAUAUAGAGAAAUGGAUGCAAUUUCUGCUCGAUAAUGAUAAUACGCAUGAAGAUUCCGAUUUCAUUACUCAAAUCAGCGACGAAAAGGGCCCGACAAAACUGAAUCAUCCACAUAGAGAGAUCAAAGCUUCGAAAGCUCAAGAAACAGAGACUGUGAAAGAGAAGUACACAAAAGGAAGUGUUGAUGAAGUGGAAGCUGAGAAGUCGAAUUCAGACAGAGAAAACGAGAACACUCCAUUUAAGAACCCUCCGUACAAGAUCGUGCAGGAAAAAUUAAAAGGGAAGGAAUCGGUUACCAUUGGUAAAGAGAAUGCCAGAAUAAGUAGCCCCGUUGGGAGUGCGAGAAAGGAGAAAAGUGGCAAGGAGAGGGAACUUCGGAGGUCGGAAAGUGCUAGAAUGUUCCGACGAAUCCCUUCUUCUCCAUCUCUGUUAUUGGAAGGCAUGAAGAAGAGAGUUGACUGCAUGAGAAAAAAACCCUUGGUACUCGACGAUAAUAAUAAUGAUGAUGUCCAUGCAGCAAGAAACAGCUUCAUUAAAUCAUCAAUCAAGACCAUUAAGAAAGCAGUUAGGAUUUAAGGUUGGCUGGUGUAUGUGUGUGUGUGAUUUGUUGAGAGACGUGGUCUCCUAGAUAAAUAACGGUGUGAAAUUUGUUAUUCGUUUGUUUGAUACAUUGGUUGUGAAAUAUGUAUUUAAUAACAGCUUGUUGUUUUGAUAAAUAUAUGUGUACAAUAUUCGGUUUUUCAAAUACGAAAAGUUUUU